UUUGGAAAUUUAUGUUACAGCCUCUGCAAUUAUCAAGAAAUUUUUAAACGGAAGUCACUCGCGGCCAUCAAAGAACUUCAGAUCAAGUUCUCGUUUUGCCUUUUCCGUUUGUAGGAUACACGGUUGCAGGGUAGGUCUUCCACGAUGGGGGCCUACAAGUACAUUCAGGAGUUGUACCGCAAAAAGCAGAGUGAUGUUAUGAGGUUCCUCCUCCGUAUUAGGGUUUGGCAGUACCGUCAAAUGACGAAGAUGCAUCGUGCUCCACGAUCAACCAGACCCGACAAAGCUAGGAGACUUGGCUACAGAAACAAACAAGGCUUUGUUAUCUACCGUAUUCGUGUGAGGCGAGGAGGUCGCAAACGCCCAGUGCCCAAAGGUGCCACCUACGGUAAACCCAAGAGCCACGGAGUCAACCAACUUAAGCCAACACGUAACCUCCAAAACUUGGCUGAAGAACGAGUUGGUAGACGUGCUGGUGGAUUAAGAGUGAUGAAUUCUUACUGGAUCGCUCAGGACGCUAUCUACAAAUACUACGAAGUCAUCUGUAUUGACCCACACCACAAGGCUAUCCGCCGCGACCCGAAGGUGAACUGGAUCUGCGAGUCGGUGCAGAAGCACCGCGAACUCCGUGGCAAGACGUCGGCCGGCCGCAAAUCACGUGGUCUCGGCAAGGGUCACCGUUACUCGCAGACCAUUGGUGGAUCGAGGCGUGCCGCCUGGCUGCGUCGCAACUCCCUGCAACUGCACAGGAAGCGUUAAACUGCUGUUUUAUACCUACGCGUUUAAGAUUCUAUUCCAUUAAAAAAACUAUAAAACCAA